AUGGGUAUUCUUCAAUACCCAGAAUCAAUUAACACUUCAGAUCUUCAGAUAUGGAACAAUGUUGCCUUUGAUGAUGAUGCAGAAACAGAUGAAUCAAUCGCCAUUAAAGAUUCUUCUUCCUGGUAUCCUCUUCAACCUAUACUCAUGAAUCAAUCUAAAACCCUAGAAGAUUUUGAUUCUUUAAAAGAAAACAGAUCUCCUGUUUCUUUGAUUUCUCCAUCAGCUAAGGCAGUCGAGUCUAAAGGGAAACCAUUAAAAGUUCUGUUUAAACAAGGUCUUCUUCCUCCUUCACUAUAUGUUUCAACGGAUGAUAAAAAUCAAGGUAAUCUUGAUGGUGAUAAUGUUGAUACAGAGAUUGAAGAGAUUGAAUUGGAAAUUAAUCGGUUGUCAUCUAAAUUAGAAGCACUUCGACUUGAGAAAUCAGAGCAAAAUUUGAAAACAAUUGAGAAACCAGAAAAUUUUCAGAAAAAGAUUGGAAAAAAUUUGAUAUUAGCAAAUCCUAAUUCGACGAUCCUGCGCAGGGGUGUUAGUUUAGGGCCGAUAGAAAUCAUAUCUAAUGAGAAAUCAAAGCGAAGACAGAAGACCAUUGAGAAUCCGGAGAAUUUUCAGAAAAAAAAUGGGGGAAAUUCGAUAGCAGCAAACCCUAACUCGAGGAUUCAACAGCGUAGGGGCGUGAGUUUGGGGCCAACAGAAAUCAUGGCGAGCGUCAAAUCUCGACCACCAAUCAAGCCAGAAAUAACCCCACAACAAUCUCGUAGGAAAUCUAGCGUCUUUAAGCUUCAAGAAAUUAAUGAAGAGAAGGUUACAACAGAAAGAGGAGGAAGAAGUUUAAGUCCGGUGUCCCGCCGUUCUGUUUCGAAACCUCAGCAUCUGAAACAAGGGUUUGCUACUACUGGUGGAUUAAAGAAACCAGUAAAGAAGGAUGAGAUGUUUAUCUCAAGUAUACAGCCAAAGAAGUUAUUCAAAGAAGGUGAAAAAUUUGUUAGUCCUAAGAAAAAUGAAAGAGUUGUUGCGAGUCGGUAUACUCAAAUUCCUGGAACACAGUAUAUUGGAACUCAGAAACAGAUUGAACAAUGGAAGAAAUUGUGGCCUGAAAGUGAUAAGAAAUGUGCUUCUUCUGUUGGGAAAUCGCCAAAAGUUGUUGUGCCUGCUACAAGUGAAGGGCGAGUUAAAAGACGAUGGGAAAUUCCAAGUGUGGUCAGUCCUACAUUUUCAAUUUUGAAAAGGGCAGAAUUACUUCCAAGGAUUAACACGAUUAGAUGCAAUGGUGUAGUUAGUCCACGGGAUUCAGGAGCUGCAAAGAAAGUUGCAGAUUUAGUAGGAAAGAAAACAUUUUUUAGCGCAGAGUCAUCAGUUGAGUUGGAUAAUUCAGUUUGUCAAGCUUUGGAGUUUGAUGAAGUCUUAUAG